ACAAAACGGUUAGCGGGAAAAAAGUGUUGAGUUUUAUAUUUUUCCUUUCGGUUGGGAUUGUGCUGUGAUUUAUUUUGUGCGUCUUGAAGUGGGAAAGCAUCAAGUGGUUUUCAAGUGAUUUCAUUUCGCUUUUUUUUUAUUUUUUUUGUGAUAUGGAAAUUUGUUCGGAUGAUUGCGGAAUUCGGAAUUCAUUUGGUAUAAUUUUCGAUUCGUUAUUUAUGAAGAUGUUGGCACCUGGUGUUUUUGCCACUAUCAUGGUGCUGGUUGUUACGGGUCAAGUUUUCUCCAACGGCAAUUACUCAGAUUUUCCAUACAUACAAUAUUUAACACAUCCUCCUGAAAUAAAAGUCAAACCUAGAAAUUUACAAGUUCGUGCUGGCGGUAUAGCGGCCUUUUACUGUGCCGCACAAGGCGAUCCUACCCCUGUAAUUCAAUGGAAAAAGAAUGGAAAGAAGGUGUCAAGUUCCCAGACUAGAUAUCAAGUAAAAGAAUUCCCCGACGGUGCUUCUUUGCUUCGUAUAGAACCAGUUAAAGCCGGUAGAGACGACGCUAACUAUGAAUGUGUUGCUGAAAAUGGUGUGGGAGAUGCUGUUAGCGCAGAAGCCACGCUAAUCGUCUUCGAAACUGAUAAAUUACCGCCGGGUUUUCCUCAGAUAACUCAAUCACCCGCAACGAACAAAGUCGUCGAAAUAGGACACAAUACAGUUUUAAAGUGCGAAGCUACCGGUAAUCCCCCACCGAAAAUAAUUUGGUUGAAAAAUAUGCUCCCAAUCAAUAUUACCGCUCCCAGGUCAAGAUAUUCCACGAGGGAUGACAUGCCAGGAGCACUUCAGAUUCUUUCGAGCGAAGAAAAGGAUCACGGAAAGUAUGAAUGCGUCGCCGAAAAUUCGAUUGGCACGGAUUAUUCCAAACAUUCUCUGCUUUACGUUAAAGUUCGGCGAGUACCUCCACAAUUUUCGAUCCCUCCUCCAACAAUGAGCGAAGUAAAAUUGGGCGACGAUCUAAAUUUGACUUGUGUAGCGGUGGGUUCACCCAUGCCUUUUGUAAAAUGGCGUAAAGGGUUGACACAAGAACUUACUCCAGAAGAUAAAUUACCCGUAGGCAAAAACACCUUGGAAUUAACCAACAUCCAAGAAUCCGCAAAUUAUACUUGCGUAGCGGCUAGCGCCUUGGGCGUAAUCGAAGCUUUAGCACAAGUCAAAGUACAAUCUCUUCCUGGACCACCGACAAAUGUAAAAGUUUCUGAAAUCACAGCUACAUCUGUAAGACUUACAUGGUCUUACAAUGGUCCUGAAGACUUACAAUAUUACGUUAUUCAAUUUAAACCAAAAUUUGCUAAUCAGGCUUAUAGUGAAAUCAGCGGAAUUAUCACAAUGUAUUAUUCUGUUAGGAAUUUGAGUCCUUAUACAGAAUAUGAAAUGUUUGUCAUAGCUGUGAAUAAUAUAGGGAGGGGCCCACCCAGCGCACCUGCCGCUGUAACUACUGGAGAAACAGCUGUUUCUUCUUUUGGAGGUGCCAAGCCUGGGACAGCUCCUCGAAACGUUCAAGUAAGACCGUUGAGUUCUAGUACUAUGGUGAUACAAUGGGACGAACCGGAAACUCCAAACGGUCAAGUUACGGGCUACAAAGUAUAUUAUACUACAAACGCCCAACAACCGAUGGCCCAAUGGGAAUCCCAAGUAGUAGAUAACAAUCAAUUGACAACAAUCAGUGAGUUAACACCUCACACUAUUUAUACAAUCCGUGUCCAGGCGUAUACGUCCGUUGGUCCUGGUCCAUUGAGUGUUCCAGUUCACGUUAAAACACAACAGGGUGUUCCAAGUCAACCGAGCAACUUACGUACCUCUGACAUCGGUGAAAGUUCAGUAACGCUUCAAUGGACGAAACCGAGUCAUUCUGGUGAAAAUAUAGUAAGUUACGAACUGUAUUGGAAUGAUACUUACGCCAAAGAGAAACAUCAUAGGCGUAUACCUAUUUCGGAGACUUAUACAUUAACCGGUCUGUAUCCGAACACACUGUAUUAUGUGUGGUUAGCAGCUAGGUCACAGAGAGGUGAAGGGGCUACUACCCCUCCUAUACCAGUUAGAACGAAGCAAUACGUACCCGGAGCCCCGCCGACCAACGUAAUUGGCGAAGCAGUAAGUCCCACGGCGAUCAAAGUCACGUGGGACCCACCGCCUGCGAACCGUACCAACGGAAAUAUCAUUUACUACAAGUUGCAGUUCGUUGAAUCUGACAGGUCUGAUAGCGAAGCGAACGUUAUCAAAUUUAAUGGUACCACUUUUGUGCUUGACGAAUUAAAAAGAUGGACCACGUACAGGAUAUGGGUAUUAGCUGGUACUUCUGUAGGCGACGGUCCGAGUUCGUAUCCCAUUACGGUGCGCACACACGAAGAUGUGCCGGGUGAUCCUCAAGACGUUAAAGUCACUCCCAUAAAUUCUACGACUAUCAAAGUUGAUUGGAAACCACCGCAAACUAGAGAUAGGAAUGGAAUCAUCUUGGGAUACCACGUACACGUCCAAGAAACCAAAGAAGAGGGAAAGAGUUUCUUCAACGAACCCAUGAAAUUCGACGUUUUUGGUGAUUCUCUAUUGGAAUUGAACGUUACGGGUCUUCAACCGGAUACCAUGUACUCCAUUCAAGUGGCGGCGUUGACUAGAAAAGGAGACGGCGAUCGAAGCGCACCUGUAAACGUUAGAACUCCCGGAGGAGUACCAAACAGACCAGCAUUAACUCUAAAGAUUAUUGAAAAGGUGCCAACAGUCACUAUUGAUUUAGAAUGGACUAGACCUUCUCAAACCUAUGGAGAACUCAAAGGUUAUCGUCUUAGAUACGGAGUUAAGGAUCAGUUUUUGAAAGAUGUUCCUCUUAAAGCAACUCACACCAAUUAUAGAAUAAACGAUUUGGAACGGGGUGUCGAAUACGAAUUCCGAGUAGCCGGUCAAAAUCACAUUGGAAUAGGACAAGAGGCGAUCAAAUACAAGAAAACCCCAGAAGGUCCACCGACCGGUCCUCCCACCAAUAUAACCUACCAUUUCCAAACGCCAGAUGUCGUUUGCAUAUCAUGGAGCCCUCCGAGUAGAGAACAUCGCAACGGACAAAUUACCAAAUACGACAUACAAUUCCACAAGAAAUCAGAUCACAGUAACAUAAUAAUCAGAAACGUGUCAAAUACUAAAGCCGUAUUUACAAAUUUAGAAGAAAAUACCGAAUACGUGUUCCAUAUUAAAGCUUAUACGAGUCAAGGAGACGGACCGAAUAGCGAAAAAUAUACGGUUCAAACCGAACGGGAUAUAGGAAGAGCACCGAUGUCGGUAAAGGCCGUAGCGACAUCGGAUUCUAGCGUGGAAGUUUGGUGGGAACCGGUACCGUCAAGAAACAAAGUGAUAGGAUACAAAAUAUUUUACACGAUGACGGCCGUCGAAGAUUUGGACGAAUGGCAGCACAAGAUAGUAGGUUUAACGGAAUCCGCAGAUUUGGUAAACCUCGAAAAAUACGCUCAAUACGCCAUAGCGGUGGCGGCUAGAAUGAAAAACGGCCUCGGAAGACUUUCCGAAAAGGAAUUAGUUAAAGUUAAACCGGAAGACGUACCUCUUAAUUUACGAGCUCACGAAGUAACCACACAUUCGAUGACCCUAUCUUGGUCACCACCGAUUAGAUUGAAUCCGAUCAAGUACAAAAUUUCCUUCGAUGCGAUCAAAGAAUUCGUCGAUUCGCAGGGAAUCACCCAGACGCAAAAUAUACCUAGAGUUGAAAUUAAAUUAGACGCCGACGUUCGAUCGCACACCAUUAACGAACUAUCACCUUUCACUACUUAUAACGUCAACGUUAGCGCUAUACCGACCGAUAAUUCCUACCGACCACCUACGAAGAUAACGGUAACUACGCAAAUGGCGGCUCCACAACCGAUGGUCAAACCAGAUUUUUACGGCGUAGUAAACGGAGAAGAAAUUCACGUUAUAUUACCCCAAGCUUCCGAAGAAUACGGUCCUAUCAGUCAUUAUUAUUUAGUCGUAGUACCAGAAAACAAAAUGACAAUCCAAAAGAACCCCGAUCAAUUUUUAACCGACGAAUUGAUAGCUAACAUUGAAAAGAUACCGGAAAAUUCGGAUCUACCUUAUAUAGCAGCUAAAUUUCCACAAAGGAACAUACCGUAUACCUAUCAUUUAGGUACAGGUGAAAGUAACGACGGUUACGUCAAUUAUAAAUUGGAACACGGUAAACGUUAUAGGAUAUUCGUAAGAUCGGUGGUUGAUACGCCGCAAAAACAUUUGUAUACCAGUAGUCCGUUUUCCGAAUUUUUAUCUUUGGAUAUGCGAGAAGUACCUCCUGGCGAUCCUCCUCGAAGACCUAAUCCGAAUACACCCACCGAUACCGACGUUAAAGUUAGUUCUCAAAAAAAAGAGGCAGAGGUGUUCAAAAUCAUCGGACCGAUAAUAGCAGCCCUACUUCUGUCUGUGAUACUAGUGAUAUUAUUUAUAUUAAGAAAAAGAAGACAACCUUGUAAAACUCCCGAUCAGACGGCCGUUACAAGACCGUUAAUCCAACCGGAUCUGAAUGCUAGUAUAGCUCCUAGCGACCCAGUCGAAAUGAGAAGAUUAAAUUUCCAAACGCCGGCUAUGAUAUCACAUCCUCCUAUUCCUAUAUCGGAAUUAGCCGUUCAUAUAGAAAAACUAAAAGCCAACGAUAAUUUGAAAUUUUCUCAAGAAUACGAAAGUAUCGAACCCGGACAACAAUUUACGUGGGAUCAUUCUAACAUGGAUGUAAAUAAACCUAAAAAUAGAUACGCCAAUGUCAUUGCUUAUGAUCAUAGUCGGGUAAUUUUACCCAGCGAAGGAGGCGUUUUAGGUACCGAUUACAUAAACGCCAAUUACUGCGACGGUUAUCGAAAGCACAACGCUUACGUCGCUACCCAGGGUCCUUUACCGGAGACGUUCGCCGAUUUUUGGCGGAUGUGUUGGGAAUUGAAAUCGGCUACGGUUGUUAUGAUGACGAAAUUAGAAGAAAGGACACGAAUUAAAUGCGAUCAAUAUUGGCCGACGCGCGGUACCGAAACAUACGGUAGUAUGAACGUGACAGUUACGGAAGUCCACGAAUUAGCCACGUACUGUAUCCGAACGUUCCAGAUUCACAAAGAGGGUUACAGCGAACGGAGGGAAUUGAAACAAUUGCAAUUUACUGCUUGGCCGGAUCAUGGGGUGCCCGAUCAUCCGGCGCCUUUCUUGCAAUUCUUAAGAAGAGUCAGAACUUUGAAUCCGCUUGAUGCCGGACCUAUUAUUGUACAUUGUUCUGCGGGAGUAGGAAGAACAGGUUGUUUCAUUGUAAUCGAUUCGAUGCUUGAACGUAUGCGACACGAAAAAACCGUGGAUAUUUACGGUCAUGUGACAUGUUUGCGCGCCCAACGUAAUUACAUGGUCCAAACGGAAGAUCAAUAUAUCUUUAUCCACGAUUCUUUAUUGGAAGCCUACAUUUGCGGUCAGACUGAAGUACCGGCGAGAAAUCUUCAUUCACAUAUCCAAAAAUUGAUGCAGCUCGAACCGGGAGAAAACAUAUCGGGGAUGGAACACGAAUUUAAAAAAUUGAGUAACAUUAAGACUGAUUCAUCACGUUUCGCGACUGCGAAUUUGCCUUGCAAUAAGCACAAAAACCGUUUGGUACAUAUCUUACCGUUCGAAACCACAAGGGUAUGUCUUACCCCAUUGAGAAAUAUUGAGAGUUCCGAUUAUAUCAAUGCUAGUUUCAUAGACGGUUAUAGAUAUAGGAAGGCGUAUAUUGCUACACAAGGACCUAUGUCCGAUACUACUGAUGAUUUGUGGAGGAUGCUGUGGGAGCACAAUUCUACUAUUAUAGUCAUGCUGACGAAACUUAAGGAAAUGGGAAGGGAAAAAUGUCAUCAGUAUUGGCCCAGUGAAAGAUCUGUGAGAUAUCAGUGCUUCGUCGUGGAUCCUAUAGCCGAAUAUAACAUGCCCCAGUACAUACUGAGAGAAUUCAAAGUAACUGAUGCAAGAGAUGGUUCAUCCAGGACAAUAAGACAAUUCCAGUUUACCGAUUGGCCGGAACAGGGAGUUCCCAAAUCAGGAGAAGGAUUCAUCGAUUUCAUCGGACAGGUUCAUAAAACUAAGGAACAAUUCGGACAGGAUGGUCCGAUUACCGUUCACUGUAGUGCUGGGGUUGGUAGAACUGGUGUGUUUAUAACACUGAGCAUAGUUCUCGAAAGGAUGCAGUAUGAAGGAGUUGUAGAUGUAUUCCAAACAGCAAGGAUAUUAAGAACGCAACGACCAGCUAUGGUUCAAACAGAAGAUCAAUACCAGUUUUGCUACCGGGCCGCAUUGGAGUAUCUAGGCUCCUUCGACCACUACACCAACUAAUAAAUACCACUUUACCCCAUAUUUACUGCCAAACUGGAUAUUGACAUGGAAAAAUUUAGAAAUGUAUUUAAACAAGUGAUUAGUGAACAAACCUUAGGAACUAGCGUGCAAAUGUGUAUAAAUAUGUGCCUAAUGUAUAUGUGGAAAAAAGAAAUGCCAGAAAUUUAUAUUUAUUUUGAACACAAGAUGUCUAGCAAAUUGUCUCUGUACAAAAAUGCGGCUCGCAUUUUUAAUCUUGAGUUUGAAUAUACUUACAUGUAAUUAGGUACUUGAAAAUUUGCGUAGCACAUGUCCUUUCGUAUCGAAGAGGAUCAGCCGCAUUAGGAUUAAUAAUAAUAAUAUAAAGGUGUUGAUGAUUGAAGGAAAAUCAAUCUAAUUUAUUUUUUUAAUAAUACUUUAAUACAAAUAUUAAUCCCUAGUUGAUAUAUAGUAACCGAUUGAAGGAAAUAUAUAUUGUGAGCUAGAAAAUAGUUCAAAAACAACAGAAACAGGAGAAAAUAGUACUGAUAAAAAGUAAAUUGAAACCGUUGAAUCACUCACAUGAAAAACUUUGUAAAUUUUCAUUAUUUAAUGGGUAGAAUAAUUUAUAAACCUAUUAAAAUAAUUGUAAUAUAAUAACCUUAAUGCUACAUUUGAACUACUAACCAGAUAGUGAAGUUUCGAUUGAAAUAAUUUUUUGUUUAUUAUUUAAAUAAUACUUUUGUUAUCGUUUAUUCAAAGAACAGGAAGAAGUAGCUCUAAAAAAAAGGAAAAUUAAAACAAAGUUCAAUUUAUUCAACCGAAAUAUUUUGUUAUUGUGAAUUUUCAUACCACAAUGUUACCUUGGAACUACUGGCUAGAUAGUAAAGUUCAAUAUAAAUUGUUUCAAACUGUUUUUAACACAAAGAAAAUGGAAAAACUGGAUACUUCUUUAGAUGUAUGAUUUUUUACUAAAAGAAAUUUGAUAAAUUGGAAAAUCUUAUGCACCAACAAGAAGGAAAAUUGAAUCUGUCAUUCAAUUUACUCAACCAGAACACUGUGAUUUCUUUAUUCAAAGUUAAGGAUCAUUUACGAGACACAUACAACACUUGUUGUCAUACUGAAGUUGAAAAACCACAAUGGUACAUUUGAACUACUGGCUAGUAAAGUUCAAAAUCAAUUGUUUGAAACUGUUUUCAACAAAAGAAAAUGGAAAAACUGGAUUCUUUCUUCACUCUGUGAAUAUUUUAAUUUAUCACUAAAAGAAGCUUGAUAAGUUGGAAUAUCUACUGCACUAAGAAGAAAGAAAAAUUGAAUCUGUCAUUCAAUUCACUCAAACAGAAUACUGUGAUUUCAUUAUUCGAUAUUAAGGAUCAUUUACGAGAUAAAUAAAACACUUGUUGCCAUACUGAAGUUGAGAAAUCACAAUGGUACAUUUGAACUACUGGCCAUAUGGAUAGGUUUACAGAAAACUAUUAAUUUGAGAAAAAAAUUGAUAUAGGAAUUGCACUAAAUGGAAAAUUUUAAAAAACUCCACUUCAUACCAAGAUUGUUGAAUUUAUCUGUUAUAUAUUAAUUUUUUUUAUUUUGAGCUUAAAACUGAUAAAGUAUUAUCAAAAAGAUUACUGAUCAAAAUAAAGUAUUGUAAAUUGUUAUAAUUAAUAAAGAAGAGUUAUCAACUAAUCAUAUUUAUAGGCUAAUUAACUAAUAUAGUGAAUUUAUUCAAAGUUAAAUUCAGUCCUGUACUUGAUGUAGAUUUAGAAAUUCAAGUUUAUCAUCAAAUUCCAAAAUUUAUACUCCUUUUUCUUAAUUUAAAUAUUUUAUACAAUUUUUGCAACAAUCAAGUUAGAAUUAUCAAUUUAUUUAAAUAAAAUAUUAAAACUAAAUCAUUUUAAACCUCUGUAUUCUAUCAAAUGAUCAAAAUCGAUAUCGAAAUGAAUCUUUUUUCAAAUUUUUACUUCUUAGACCUCUUUAUUUAUAUGUCGUGAUGAUUUGUCGUCAUUUUAUGUCUCCUCUAUUUUAAUUUGAAAAUUAAAUGAGACCUAAAAUCAUCACGAAAUGAUUCUUUAGCAACAUCAGAUAUUCAAAUAUCUUGGGGCCUUGAUAACUGAAGAUAAUGAAGUGACAACAAGAGUUGUUGCGGGGAACAAAUGCUUCUGGGCAGUCCAGAGAGCGCUCAAGUUUUGAGGGCUCUUACGAUGGUCAAAACUCAUCAUUUUCAAGACAAUAAUCCGUUCUGUAGACACAUACGGAUGCGAGACAUACUAUAUAUAAAGAUUUUUGGAAUCGGAGGAAUGCUGAGCUGAUCGAUACCCUCGCAGGGCCAUGUAUGGAGUUCCUGGAGGAGGGUGACUGAGAGGAAUACCGCGCCUUCGCUGAUUAGAGAACGUUGAGGCGGACAUGAUCUAGCUAGGGCAGGUACCAUGCUCAGGACAGAUUGUUGAGUAGGCCCUGGUUCUCAAAGGACUGUAGCGCCAGUUAAAGAAGUUAUAAGACUGGUUACUUAGAACCAAUCAACACUUUUUACGAUUCACUCUGUAUAACUAGUGGAGUACCAGGCUACAAAUUAAUUAUUUUCUCUCAUAUAUCAACAAAUUAUUAUUUAAAUUACAGUUUUUCUUUAUGUUUAUAGAUAUAAUGGAAUAGACUUGAAUUUUUAAAAAUCAUCCAAAUUGUUUCCUUCCAUCUCAACCACCUUGUAAAUCUAUAAAUAAAUAAAACUAUUAUUCAUCUAAGAAAUAUAGAAAUGUUGACAUCCACUUAUUUUCUGUCAUUUCUUGUAAUAAAAACUUUUUGAUUGUCACUAGUUUCCAAUUUUUGAUAUCGUCUCUAUUUCGUAACUGUUUUUUUGGUUGUUUCACUCAAAAUAAUUAUAUAGUAACAAGACAUAAGGCAUGUACAUAUAUUUAGUGCAUUUAUCCAAUUAUAAAGCUAUAGUUUCACUGUAUAUUAUCAAUUGAUAUUUAACCGAUGUUUUGUUCAGUUCGGUAUUCGUGGCAUCAAUAUUUCAAAAUUUUAAUACUUCCAUUGAAUACAGAUAUUCAAAUUAUAAAACUAAAUAUUCCCAUUAAAAACUCACUUAUACUUUCCAAUACUUGUUUUCUUAAGUAGUAGUAUUUUUGUGUAAAACGGCAGCUGGAAAAUACUCAUUUUAGUCAAAAUAUUAACUUCUCCUUUAGUAACAUAUUAGAAUCGAUUUUUCGAAAAAUAAAAUCAAAUUGAUCAUAGAAAUAUUUUUAUUGUUUAUUUAAAUGUUAAAGAGAAUAGAAACACUAAUUUUUUUUAGUCAUUUUCAAAGAAAAUAAAAAAAUAAUUACAAUGUUCUUGAUCCUCGACUUAUAUUUUUCCUUUUAUUGAAAUGAACAGUUUUCAUACUUUAUUUUCACUGGAUUUCCAUGUAUCUUUUGCUCAUCAAAUUAUCUCCUACAUUUCCUUUUAACAUUCGUACAUUUUAAUUUGUAACAUUUUUCGAGCACGGUUAAUUAACACUGAAAACUUCAUUAAAUCAUAAUUAUUACAACACUAUUAACUAUCGCUUUGAAAAAUAUAUCACUUUAUACCGCCCGGAAGUCUUCUCACUCGCCACAUAUCCCCAAUAUUCAACUACUGCUCUAAUUUAAGCUUCCUGCCUUCUCUCUCUCUCUCUCUCUCUCUAUAUAUAUAUAUAUAUAUAUAUAUAUAUAUAUAUAUAUAUAUAUAUAUAUAUAUAUAUAUAUAUGCGACGUUCUAGGACAUCUUAGAACCUUCUAGUAUUAGUCUACAUCAACCAGAAACGUUUUGGUCAUAAUUCAACGGUUUCCCAAUAGAUGGAGGCACCUAUUUGUUUAUAGUUUCCAUUACAUUAACUCAUGAUCGGCGCCGUAAAAUGGUGUGCGGCUGUGUCUCCAUCACAAUAUAGAUUUACCAGAUAUUUUGUUUCUUUUAAUACCUUUACCUAUACUAUUAUUGAACUCAAUUUACUAAUUUUAGCUAUUUUUACUCGUUCCAUAUCACUUGGUAUUGAUUCUAGUCGAUAUCUGCAAGUUUUUUUCUUGUUUUUGUAUCAAAUCUAAGUAUUGGCAGCAUCAAAAUUCUUAAAGUAGUCGUGGAGUUUUUUGAAUAGAUAACUUCGUAUUAUUACAUGUAAAUUACUGUGUAUUAAUGAAGGUGUUAUUAGACUUUUUUUGUUAUUUGAAAAUAAACUUUGAAACAUGGAUGUCACCAUUAUUAUCACAUUUGUUAUUAAAUGUUGCGAUUUAUUCUAGUAUCUUGCACUGAAUCUCAUGAAUUAAAUCAAAUUUAUGUAAUUUUUUUCUAAUACUUGCUCAUUGUGAAGUAAGAGCUAGAAUAUGUCACAGGAAAAAUAUUCUAACAAACUCGGUCCAUAGAAUAGAAGUUGAAGGAAAUUAUUCUUCACUACAUAAUCGUUCGGAAAUAUUAGUUGAAAAGACUGAAGUAUUUUGUUGCGAUUGGGUUAUUGCAAAUAAAAGAAACUAAUAUUUUUGAAUUGAUUCAGAUUAUUUUUAAAAUAACCAUUAAAAUCUUAACUACUGGAAAAACUUUUGUUGAUGUUUGAUAAUCUUCAAUAAUAACUAUUCAAUUCAUAUUCAACUUUUAUUUUCAUAUUUUAUGUUGAAAGAAAGCCAAAAUAUCGAGAAAAGCGACCGGAAUGACUUCGGAACCUGGAUUCUGCUAGAUGUGUACAGAUCCCAUGAUACAAAUAAAAACAGAGAAUGGAAUCAAUGGUUUUAGCAGAUCUACAAGAAAAUAUAAACAUACAUUUAGUUUACUGGUAUGCCUCUUUUACUGAGUGAAUCUUUGUAAAAAAAAACAAAAAAUGUUUUGAGACACAGAUGGUAAUGGAUUAAAAUAUAAUUUUCAUUGGUUUCUGAGCUUCUCUCUUAAAAGGAUUGUUAAGGAAUAUAUUUAUUUAUAUCUAACAACUCUAGUUCCUUAAAUUCCUGUUUUAGCCCUUAAAUAACUGGAUCUCAAAAAAGAAGAAGAAAUUUCAAAACCUCACAAGAAUGAUUGUGUCGAAAUGGAACCAACCAAAUAAUGAAUUAACUGAUAAACAAAUAGGAAGAGAAAACAAUCAAUUAAUAUUGAGAAAAAUGUAUUUAAGAAGACGAAAAUUCUAGUAGAAAUGAUACAUUACAUCAUGUUAAAAUAGUUUAACCGAUGAUAUCAUCUUGAGUAGCUUCACAAUUUUUGGGGGGAGAUUCCUAGUAGAUUAAAGGCAACAUACAUUUCAGAUCUAUCUACUGUGUCAUAAGCCUGCUUAAAAUGUAUAAACAUAACAUAAAGGACUCAUAGCUUUUCUUAAGGGUGAAUAGCUGAUCUGUUGUUCCUCUACCUUUCUUGAAACCUUUUUGGUAUUCUUCCACUAUCCAUUUUUGGUAUUCUUUGAGUCUGUUUCUCACAAUCUUAGCUAAUACUUUGUACACCACAUCCAGAAGUGAUAUCCCUCUAUAAUUUUUGAUAUUGAACAUAUAUCAUUGUAUGAUUGUAUCGGAAUAAAACUAACCAAGUAAGGGAAUAGGAUAGACAAAUAGGAACAGAUAAAAAUGUAUAAUAUGAGGAAAAAUGUCUUUAAACAGAUGAAAAUUGAAAGAAUUAAUGCAAACGAGUUGUUGUUUGGAAUCUAAGAAGAAAUAUUUUUUAAAACUGAAUAAAAUAAUGUACUAUACAUAGAUGCCAAAUGUGAUGUAGACUUGUACGUUUGUAGACCAUUUCUGGAAUCAUUGAUGAUAUUCAUACUGAACACACUGUUCACACCACUACACCAACAGUCACAAUUACACUGUCUGACUCGCGUUUCGAUAACCAAGAUAUCGUCUUCAGAGAUUGAAGAUAAACUCUUUACCUUCAGGCUCUGAAGACGACAACUUGGUUAUCGAAACGCGAGUCUGACAGUGUAAUUGGUAGUGUAAACAGUGUAUUCAUUUUUCUGCAUCGUUUCAUAAAUUCCUACCAUGUGAUUAGAGUCAUUCUGGUUAAAUUGAAAAUAAUGAGGUUAAAAUUUUAAUGGUACCAGAAAAGCCCAAUGCAGUAUAUUUAUAAUGGAACAUUUUUGUCAUAUGCAAUAUUUACAGUUUACUGUAUCCAUUGUGAUAUUUUUUUUACUUUUGAAUAUUAUUUACUCUAUUAUAUAUUUUAAUGUAAUUUUUAGUGUCGAUUUAUAUUUUUUAUGUGUAUAAAAUGAUUUUGUUUGGAGUACAA